UAGCAAUGUGUAGACGCACGGACCAGGCGCUGGUGCCAGUAUCUGCAUCUGUCUCUUGCAUUCAGAAUGACAAGCCUUCCAGCACUACCGCAUGGGAUGUUUACAUAGUUGGACACGAGCAGAUAUUUUUUAUACAUGUGUAUUUAUAUUUUAGAAACGAACAUAUAACGCGUAAUACAACAGUUGUUACAGCUUUCAGCGGACUGAAGUUUAUCUAUGCUUAACCGAAAAAAAUAGUAUUAUAGGCUAGUUAUUUUUUUUCUCCCAGUAGAGUUUGAAGAAAGAUGUCACAUGCACACUUUUCCAAGGAAAAGCCAGAGAGGGUUUAUGGAAAGACGAAGGUAAUUCAACUGUGACUUUGUUAUGCUAAGUAUGUUGCUCUAAAACAGCGAGUGUGCAAUGUCAAGUUUCAAUUUAAUUUAAAUAUUUGUUCUGUAAAAUAAAAUAAAACAAGCGUUGUUGCUUUGUAGGAGCACACUUCAAAAUCAUGUCCCAAACCGAAGUGGACCGAGCUGUACGCGGCGUCUCUUUAAACUCGGGUUCGGAUGAAGAUUCGCGUUUGAUUCCCUUUGUGGCACCGCCGAGGAGGCGAAAACACUCAGGCAAUGCCAGAAGAAACUCGUACAGGUUUAAUAAAGUUAACGCCACGGAACUGGAGCCGAUAGUAUAUGGGUCUCUUUCCAGCAGCCCUCAACCACAACCUUGUUCAACUGAGACAUUUUUGACAGAAGCUAGCGAGGACGCGGACUCUCUGUCUCCGGGUUGUCCCCUGCCUUUCACCGUCACCAGCUCGCCAAAAGCGCAGCACAACCUUGCCCCGCCGAUUAACAAUAAUAACAGGGACGCGAUGGUGCAAAAGACCAUACCGGUUAUCAGUUCGGACUCGGAGGACGAAACCAGCCAACAAAAACACCAAAAAGUGAUUUUAUCACGGGCUUCCUUUGAGAGUAAAUGUGAACAAGAAGAGAAGGAGGAGAUCGAGACCAAAGCGGUGGCCACCUCACCUGACGGCAGGUACCUGAAAUUCAACAUCGAGAUCGGGAGGGGCUCGUUCAAGACUGUGUACAAGGGAUUGGACACGGAAACAACGGUAGAGGUGGCAUGGUGCGAAUUACAGGCUCGGAAGCUGAGUAAAGCAGAGAAGCAGCGCUUCAGUGAGGAGGUGGAGAUGCUAAAGGGGUUGCAACACCCCAACAUUGUGCGCUUCUACGACUCCUGGAAAUCUACCAUGAAGGGACACAAGUGCAUCCUCCUUGUCACCGAGCUUAUGACCUCCGGCACGCUCAAGACGUAUCUGAAGAGGUUCAAGGAGAUGAAGCUGAAGCUGCUGCAGCGCUGGAGCCGACAGAUCCUCAAGGGCCUUCACUUCUUGCACACCCGCUCUCCUCCCAUCAUCCACCGAGACCUCAAGUGCGACAACAUCUUCAUCACUGGCCCCACUGGCUCUGUCAAAAUAGGGGACUUGGGCCUGGCCACGCUCAAGAGUGCCUCCUUCGCCAAGAGCGUCAUAGGGACCCCUGAGUUCAUGGCUCCGGAGAUGUAUGAGGAGAAGUACGACGAGGCGGUGGAUGUCUAUGCGUUUGGGAUGUGCAUUCUGGAAAUGGCAACCUCUGAAUACCCCUACUCAGAGUGCCAGAACGCAGCCCAGAUCUACCGCAAAGUCACCAGCGGAAUCAAGCCAGACAGCUUCUUUAAGGUGAAGGUCCCUGAACUGAAAGAGAUCAUUGAGGGGUGCAUCCGCAUGAAUAAAGAUGAGAGGUACACCAUUCAGGACCUGCUAGAACACUCCUUCUUCCAGGAAGACAACGGGGUUCACGUGGAGCUUGCUGAGGAGGACGACACAGUAAAGUCGGCCCUCAAGCUGUGGCUGCGAAUGGACGAUACCAAGAAGCUUCAUGGCAAAUACAAAGACAACAACGCCAUCGAGUUCCUAUUUGAGCUCUACAAGGAUACGGCAGAGGAGGUGGCCCAGGAAAUGGUGGUCCUGGGUUUUGUGUGCGAAGCGGACUACAAACUAGUGUGCAAGGCCAUCCGUGACCGAGUGACGGCCAUCAAGCACAAGCGGGAGAAGCAGAAGCGACUGCAGGAGAACCUGAAGAAGAAAGAGGAGGAAGAGGAAGAGGAGAAGCAGCAGAGCCUCCUGAGGACGAUCGAGGAGAUGCGCUUGUCCCAGAGCCCAGCCCAGUCCGAGGGAGGAGCUGUGCCACAGGCCCUCCCACCUGGCCCCGCCCCCUCCACAGCCACUGGCUCCUCUGACUCCGGCAUCAACGCCUCCUUCCUGCCUGAGCCGGAGGAGCCUGAGGCAGACCAGCACCAGCUCUACCUCAUCCGCCACACCAGCUACUCCUCCGCCACAUCGGACUGCGAGACAGACGGCUACCUCAGCUCCUCCGGUCUGCAGGACUCCAAUGACGGAUUACAACAGCUGUGCAGCAGUAACUCUGUGGGAGAGACCUCCAGCGAGACUCCCCCUAGACCUGCCCUCCGCUUUCCUUCGAGCAUUGCAGUGAGUCUGCAGUCAGACAGAAUGUCAUCUGGACCUAUUAGCGGAUUCUCCUCACCAGUAGACAGCUACGCCUCCGAUGUGACCUCAGGGAUGAGUGACGGCUACGAGGGGUUGUCUGCGUCGGAGAGGAGCGUAAAGCCUCAUGUCAAGCGCGCCGUCGGAAAGGUAUUUCGACGGAGAGCACGAUGCAGACUGCGCAUUAUCAGUGUCUCCGAUAAAGUGGAUCGGGUGGUGGAGUGUCAGCUUCAGACAUAUAACAACAAAAUGGUGACGUUUAAAUUCGAUCUGGACGGGGACAACCCAGAGGACAUUGCGGCAGUGAUGGUGCACAAUGAAUUCAUUCUGCCGUCAGAGCAAGAGGGAUUCAUUCAUCGGAUCCAGGACAUCAUUAACCGCUCCGAGGCCCUGAUGAAGAAGGAGCCUCCUGAGAUACUGGAGACAGAGGGAGGGGCCAGACUCCCGUACCUGAGUGGGGUCGGCACACUAUCCGCUUCCCAGCCCGACCUACGUGUGCAUGAACUAUCCCGCACCCUCUCAUCCUCGUCUCUGCCAGAGUAUGAGUUGGUCAGCCCCAGUCAAGAGAUGCCUUCUCCAAUCAGGCACUCUGUAGACAGCCCUCUCUCUAAGCAGGACCUCUGUAUCGGGGCAGACUUUACCUCACACAGCCAGCCUCUGAGGCCCCAGCCUCACCCCCCUGCUCCAGUGUCUACAGGUGUUUACUACCAGCCGGGCAUGCCUUACCACCCAGGGAUGACUGCCCUGUCUGCAUCUGUGCCAGUUAACACAGUGCCAGUUACGAAGACUUACCCCCCACAGGCCUACAUUCAGGGAGGAAGCUUCCCCUUGUACCCCAUAAGCACAGGCUCUCUACCGCACAGACAGACACCGCCUCCCCUAUCCCGGCUCUCCAGCAGCAAUCUCCACAACCCCUCUACAUCCGCCCCUAUGUCUCCAAAUCAGCAGAACCUUUUACACCAGGCUUACCAAGGCGAGUUGCUGAACCAAGGACUGGAGGGCAACCUCUCACCCCAGCAGCAAGCCAGCAUGUGGUCGAACACGACCACCCAGCCCCUUUUCUCCCUGGCCAAUGUCCUCUCACUGGCUGUGAGCGUGGCACAGUCCUUAAUACCGCCCGCCGCCCCCAUCACUAGCCCUCUGCCCCUGGGAAUGCCCCCAGCAGUCAGUUACUUCCACCAGAUGCCAAACCACCUGUCUCCACACCACCCCUAUGCCCAGCAGCAAGCUUUCCCUGCUGAUUCUGUGUACAGUCCCGGGGGGCUGCCGUGUCAAACGGGGUUUCCCGAUCUGUACCAGACCCCAGAGAUGGUCUCUCAAAGCCCGCCAUCGUCCGCAACCAAAGAAAAUGGGUUUGAGCCAUUAUCCCAAGGUUUCCAUGGGAUCCCGGUGACCAGCGUGCCCCUAGAUACCCCUCAGAUGGCUCCUCCAUCUCCGGUUAUGGGGCAGUCGCACCGUCACAUCCCUGGGCUUGCGUCUCCCCUUCUGCCCAGCCCCCUGCUCAACCGGAUCCACACCUUCAACCCUCCUCCUCCCCUACUUCCAGACAGGACCGGGAGUCCAGCCCCCCUCUUCUUUCCCAAAACCCUAGCCUCCCCUGUGGAAUCCUCUGCCUCCUCAACCACUGCCCAAGAGACAGCCUGCAACAGUGUGUUAUCAGCCAGCCCACAGACUUUAUCUCCACUAACCGAAUCCUCAGACAAAACCACAACCAGAUUAUCUCCGAUUUGCGAAGUCUCAGAAGUCAAACCCCCUGUCGUCAUUGGGAGGUUCCGGGUGACACCGAGCAAAGUCAGCCCCCCAGCGCCUAAUCCCGGUGCUUCCGUCGCCAAGGAGAGCGACACGGAGAGCAGCACUGAGAACCAGGACGACUCCCAGGACAGUCUCGCCACCUCCUCAGGCCAGACAGCCGUCAGCUUUGCCCUGCCGGCAAACGAUACGGACUCCGACAGCAGCUCCAGAACGCAGCACAUCCCUGAGCAGCCCUGCUCCGAUCGGGCGUCUGGAGAUGGGCUGGACAUCUCCCUCCAGGGCGUCUCGGCAGACAGCAGCCUCUUGAACGAGACGGAGACGAAGGCAUCGGAGCAGAGCGUGGAGAGCCCUCAGAACAGCACGCCCCUCAGCGUGUGGCUGCACUACUCACGUAGCACUUCCUACGUCAGCAGUGACGACACGGAGAGUGAGGACGAGCAGAUGUGUGAGGAGAUACAGAGCCUCCGAGACAAACACCUGACAGAAGUGCAGGUGCUGCAGUCCGUACAGAAACGGGAGAUCGAGGAGCUGUAUGAGAAGAUGGGGAAGGCGCCCCCGCCUGGGAUUGUGUGCCCCGCCGCCAUGCUGUCAAGCCGUCAGAGACGCCUGUCCAAGGGGGGCGGCAUCCCCCCCUCCCGCCGGAACAGCCUGCAGAGGCUGGAGAUCCUGCAGCCAGCAGCAGUGACUGGGAUCAUGAGGAAGAACUCUUUCAGCGGGAGCAGCAGUGGGUCGCAGGAGCGCACAAACAAAGGGGUCACCUUCACAGGGGACUUCAGCAGAAUGUAAAAACUCUCUCUUGAGCCCCUCAUCCGGACUACCUCAUCUGAUUUGUGAACUACAGGGUAUCCUAGGCACAGCCAACAGAAAGAAAGUAUUAAGAAGCCUUCAGAGUUCAUUGGAUUUCUGUUGGGAAAGGAAGUGCUCGUGAAAUCCCUAGGCAUGAGUGUGGAUAAUCGAGGCAAUGAGACUUGAAUAGACAUGCUUAAUGCAAUGACAAUUCUAAAAACAGAAGCUCUACUUUUUAUUUCAUAGACAACUUCUGACUGCUUUAAAUUAAAGUUAAUAGUUCCAAUAUUCUUGGAGCGCCUUGUAGAGAUCAAGUUAUUUUGUAUAAAGUACAUACAGUAAAGUAUUUAAAUGUUACUAGCUAAAACCGCUCUGCUUGCAAUGCCAGAAUCAUAACGGCAGACCUUCAUAUUAGCUGCUGUACCUAACACAGGGGACUGGCUAUACUGAAAAUGGUUGUGGGUGCUAUUAAGGGGUGGCGCCACUGCCAUUAUGAGUGUGUACGAUGAGGCAAGGCUGCCUCCGCUACAAGAUUCCACUACUUCAUUGCAUUAGUGCAUUGCCAUGUCAGAUCUUACAGCGUAACUUUGCACUUUUAGACAUUCAGUCUGAGUAUGAAGCUAGAGCAGUUUGGCUGCAUUUAACCAUUGGACUGAAUAUAUAUAUAUAUAUAUAUAUAUAUAUAUAUAUAUAUAUAUAUAUGUAAAAUCUGUAUUUUGUGGUGCAUGUUCCUAUUUUCUGGAUUAAUAUAAAUAUAUAGGAAAAUGACAAGAAACAGGAUACAAGUCUAAAUGUGUUGCGGGUUUAAAAUGUGGGACGCUGUUACCGUACCUGAUAACCACAGCCAUUAAACUAUAUACAUAUAUAUAUAUAUUAUGUAAAUGAUAAACAACAUUGUAUUUUACUGUAUAUAUCCUUCUGUGUUGUCUCGAAAGUUUUUGAAUUGUGGAGUCAUUGUAACUUGUAUUUUUUACAAUUAUUAUUUGUUUAUUUAGCAGACGCCUUUAUCCAAGGCGACUUACAGAGACUAGGGUGUGUGAACUAUGUAUCAGCUGCAGAGUCACUUACAACUACGUCUCACCCGAAAGACGGAGCACAAGGAGGUUAAGUGACUUGCUCAGGGUCACACAAUGAGUCAGUGGCUGAGGUGGGAUUUGAACCGGGGACCUCCUGGUUACAAGCCCUUUUCUUUAACCACUGGACCACACAGCCUCCUUGGGGUGGUCUAACAUGUUCAUUAGCCUCCUGUAGGACAAUAGUCACAUUGCACAUUAUUGAAUUAAUAUCUUGGUAUCGCUAAUUUGAUAAUCCUCCCAUCUUCAGAUACACUCAAACGACUUUACGGUCCCACAGAUGAGUUUAGUCGUCUGGUCCAAUACUCUUUGGUAAGUAGUUGUUUGUGUAAGUAUUGGGACGUCCUAUAUAUAAAUGAGAAAGAACAGAAAAUGUGAAAUGUAGCUCCUUUUAAAUAAGCUUAGCAUGCUUAAAAAUAUUACUGCUGCUUUAUGAAUACAGCCUUGGGUUUUAAUCCUACACAAACAAAACAGCAUUUUAGAGUUUAAUGGAUACGACUGAAAAUAAUGUUAUUGCAAUACUGAUUUUUUUUUUUUUUUAACAUAAACUGCCAAAUAGUCAACUAUAUUGUGAGUAAUGAUGAAAUAUGUAUUUUAGAACUGUCCAUUAGUCGCCCCCCCACUUUGCUAGACUAUGGGGUAACAUACAUGUUCCCUGCAGUGUGUACACUUGUUAGAAGUGUAUUAUUUCAUAACUAGUAGUAAUAUAAACUUAAAACGCAAGUCCCUUUUACAAUAUAAAUGAUUAAGUAUGCCUAAGAACUCAUCUGAAGUUUUUGCACAUUGUCAUUUUUGAUUGAAGCUCCGAAUCCAUACAGUUGCCUUACAGAAUGCACAUUAGAAAAUGUAGCAGACCCUGGAAAAGGAAUAUGAGAUGGUAUUGUUUUGAAUAAAACAGGCUAUUUAGGUAUAGAACAUAUUUUAUUAAAUGAAUCGAAAAUACUAUUUUAUGAAUGUAUUAUUGAGCUGGAUAGUGUUACUCUUGUUACUAGAAGUAAAAGAAAAAAAUUGCUGUUUUACUGCCAUGCUAAUGCGUGCCUUUUCUUUCUAAACUUCUGCUUUUUUUACACUGCAGUUACAAAAAAAUAAAUCUAUAUAAUGUGAUAUUCUCUUAAAAACAAUGUUUGUAAAUAUGGAUAAUAAAAUCCAAUACAAAUCU